UCGUUAACAGAUAGAGUGAGUCUCUGGGCUCCAGGAGGGACCAGGCAGUCUCUGGAACAGUUUACCCAGACUAUGGACUUCAUGUUCCGUGUUAUUCUCGGCGGAGUUGUCGGUGUCAGGCUGGGAAUCUCUAACUCUCCCCUUCACUCUGCUUCAUGUCCCCUUCUCCUCCUGUGAAGGCAGCGGAGGAACUUCACCGGCAGCUCAGGGGCAGCGCGGACGGCCGGGAGUCUCAGGCUUGUGUGCGGGGUGCGUUUGAGGGAGGCGGGAGGGUGGAGAUGCGGAGCAGACCGCUGGUGACCUGAACUUCCCUUCCCUUCCCGGCUGUAUCGGUCAGGACUUCGCACAUUCAGCAUAAUGUCCCAAUUUUCCACCAACGAAAAACCAAAUAAGAGCAGUCCGAAGCUGCAGCGGGAGCGGGAGCUGGGAGCGGACGCAGCGGGAAGGAUGCGGACUUUGUGCCUGAUCUGAGCGCAGCUGCGGAGAUACGAGCUGUCCGGCUGGAUGUGCAGUAACAAGACUUUCUGCUUUCCUCAAGGUUUCUGGAUCCAAAUGUCAAGUCAGAGGAAUCAACAGUGUGUGACAUGAGAGGGAGAGGAACCUAGGAAGAGGACAUCCAAUGAUAACCCUCCAGUUUUUUGUACAUGGCUCUGUCAGUGCUCAGUGCUGUGAAGAGAGCUCUACCCAAUGGUAGAAGAGAAGAGUGAGUGAAAAUGUGAUGGACUUUAUUAAUGUCCCCCAGCACCAUUAUGGACAGUGGCUGGUGAAGGAAUCACAUUUCUUAAUGAGACUAUUGCUCUUGUGUUGGGAGGAUUAGACAACGAAUUACCAAGGGAUUACUCAAGACCUUCUUCAGUACCAGGCUGGACAUGGUUUUGAUAUUAAGCCAACAGCCACAAUUUUUCAAAUAGUAAUUUCUUCUAAUUUUUUUUCUCUGAUUUGGUGUCUGUAUUUUUUCUGAUCAGUUUGAAAUGGAGAUACAGUGGCGUUUAUGGAAUAAGGACUGGGCCUCCUUUAUAAGGCCAUGGAUACCUAUACUAUUAGGCCUUCACCUCCAGUUCUCCCGGGCCUCCAACUGUCCCGAGGAGUGCCGUUGUGAUCGCACCUUUGUUUACUGCAAUGAGCGGAGCCUGACCUCAGUGCCUCUGGGAAUCGGUGAGGGUUAUAAGACCCUUUACCUCCACAACAACCAAAUCAAUAACGCUGGGUUUCCCUUGGAGCUCCACCAUGUGGCUUCAGUGGAAACUGUUUAUCUCUAUGGCAACCAGCUCGAUGAGUUCCCCAUGAACCUGCCAAAAAAUGUAAGGAUUCUCCAUCUACAAGAGAACAACAUUCAGACCAUCUCCAGAGUGGCUCUGGCUCAGCUUCUUUGGCUGGAGGAGCUACAUUUGGAUGAUAACUCCAUUUCUACUGUAGGGGUGGAGGAAGGGGCCUUCCGUGAGGCAGUGAGCCUGAAGAUGCUCUUUCUCACCAAAAACCACCUGAGCAGUGUGCCUAUUGGUCUUCCAGAUGAUCUAAAAGAGUUGCGUUUGGAUGAGAACCGGAUUGCAGUCAUUGCAGAGGAAGCAUUUAGAAAUGUCACACGCCUGCAGCGUCUCCUGUUGGAUGGGAACCUUCUGACAGAUGAAGGGAUUGCACCAGGGACUUUUCAGGACCUGGUCACUCUGAGGGAGCUGUCCCUGGCCCGCAACUCACUCACAUACCCUCCCCCAUUCCUCCCAGGGGAUGUGCUUGUCAAAUUAAACUUUCAGGAAAACCAGAUUAACCAGAUCCCUGUCAGGGCAUUUGCUGGGUUGUACAAGCUGGAGAGGCUGGAUAUUUCGAACAACCAGCUGCAGUCAUUGACACAGGGGGUCUUUGAUGGCCUUGUCAGUCUCAGACAGCUCACUGUCAGGAACAACCUUUGGCUGUGCGACUGCAGCAUCAAAUGGGUGGUGUCAUGGCUUAAAUCUCUGCCAGCCUCCCUCAAUGUGCGUGGCUUCAUGUGCCAUAAACCAGAAAAGUUCCGGGGCAUGGUGAUUAGGGAGCUGAGUGCUGAGCUGGUCCAGUGCCCACAGAGCACAGUGGCAGCACCCUUGCCUACCUCACCAGCUGAAACUGCUCUGAUUCCAUCCCCGUCUUCAUCCACAGACUCACACUUGGUCACUCAAUAUGUUUCCCCAUCCUCCAGGCAACCCUCUACCACAUCACCGACACUCUACCCUAUCUAUUCAACCAGAGAGGGAGGGUUAAGGACUAAGCAACCUAUAGACCCCCGGAAGGAGACUUUGCAGGUCACGUUUGCUAUACUCAAUGGCUCAGCUAUCCAUGUCAGCUGGGUGGCUGCAUUUCCAGUCACUGCCUACAAGGUGACCUGGGCUAGGAUGGGUCCCAGUCUAACAGGGGACACUGUCAGGGAGAGGAUAGUGGGUGGGGAUCACCGGGGGAUUCGACUGGCUAAUCUUGAGCCAAAGUCCACCUAUCGGAUCUGUGUUAUCCCCUUGGAUGCAUUCAAUAAUUACCGGCCCAAAGACGAUACUGUGUGCACUGAGGCCAUGACCACGCCGGCAUAUUUCAGCCCCGACAACAACAAAAGACCGUCUGGGCCUGAGCAGGCCACACAACAGGAACCAAGCUCGCCUUUCUUGCUGGCUGGGCUGAUUGGUGGGGCUGUGAUUGUGGUGCUGGUGGUACUCCUCAGCAUCUUCUGCUGGCACAUGCACAAGAAGAGCCGCUCCAAGUCGUCCACUAAGUGGAAAUACAACCGGGGUCGGAGAAAAGACGAUUAUUGCGAAGCAGGCACCAAGAAAGAUAAUUCCAUCCUGGAAAUGACUGAAACCAGUUUUCAGAUUGUUUCUCUCAACAACGAGCAGCUCCUCAAGGGAGAUUUCCGCAUUCAGCCUAUUUACACCCCUAAUGGGGGCAUCGGCUUCAGAGACUGCCCCCUGGGGAACAACAGCACAGUCUACUGCAAGAACAAUGUUCAGGAUGCAGACUUUUGUCGCACAUGAUGAUUUUGAAGAGCAUCAGAAGAAUUUUUACUGACAACUACCCACUCUUUACUGGACACUGUACAGUGUUAAUUUUAUUUGAAAGCCCCAUGUCUUCAAAAAAUGUAAUUUAUACAACUAACUGGACGAUAUCUUUUAUAUAACACAUGUUUAUAAAUUAUUUCUUUCUGGAGUUGUGCUGUUUAAGUUCUGUGCACACAGACAUGUACAAUCAGGAUUAAUUUCUUAUUAUAAUUAUUAAGGCUGGGUUUCAUUUUGAUUUUCAGUAAUAGUGAAUGAUUUUGAAGUCAUUGUAUACUGUAACCAUAACAGAUACAGAAUCGACACUGUAGCUGCAGUGCAUCAGAAGAGUUAGGAAACCAGCUUGUAGAAUUCUGUGUGAGAGAAGGAGAAAAGAGACAAUGCAAGUCUGCCACACUCACCACUAGAGGGCGUAAUUUUCUGGAAACCAUACAGUCCAAAACACUUUUCCUGUGGCCAUUUUUAAUCAAGUCAUCACAGUAAUAUGGCGCAUUUCUUUAAUUGCCACCGCAGUCACUAGAGGUGCAAAUUGUUAGAUUCCUGCUCUAGGAAGAGGGCAUAUUUUUUAUGCAAAUGGUAUUUUUCUCUGCUUCAAAAAGAAAUUUAAAGGUCACAUUCAUUAAACAUUCACAGAAAGUGGCAGGCCGCAGUGCUUUCACCUGCUUCUCAAGAUUAAUACAUUAUCACAGUUAAGGGGUCAUGUUAUUAGUGCUAGCUGUUUUAUGGUGGGUGUCACAGAGUGAGCAGCAAGAAAAGCGCAUUUGCCAUCUAUUGUAUGUUUAACCCAUUAAGAAUGAACUCUUUCUCUUUUGUUCAGCAAAAAAUAAUGUUAUGGUAAAACAGUAUAUAUAUGUGCCUUGAAGUUAUCAGCUUACGGUGUCUUUUGAAUCCAUGUUUUUGCACAAAAGGUGUACUGUAUAUACAUUCAAUUGAAUUGUUGUUGAGGAAACCUCUUGCUCUUGAUUAUUUAUUUACCUCAGUACGCAUUUAAUUAAAAACAUAUCUCCAAAAGCUAACUUCCUCAUGGUUAGUCCCAGAAUAAUCACUGACACAAACUGUUAAAAUAACACACUUGUAAGAGAGUUCAGUGCCAGGACAAGACAACUGUUUAGAGAGGGGGAGGUCCUCUGAGGAUGACUACUGGAAUCUGAAGAGUGAGAAGAGAUUGCACUUAAAGUCUACUUAACACAAAAACAUAUUAAAGCAGACUCGCUACUGAACUGUGUGCAGCUGUGAACGCGCACAUGAGAACUACUUACCAAAGCUGUCAAACAUUAGCCUGAAUCUGUGGCAUAUUAUGUUAUUUUAUACCUGGAGGAAGAAUUAAAGGAGUAUUUAAUGACUUGUGAAGUGUUGAAAGUCACAGCUUUCAUUGCUUUAGAACCAUUACAUUUGUACUUCCUAAAGCUGCCAAUUAGACCUUCUCCACUAGAGAAACUCAAUGACCUGGAACCUGGAGCUGUAAGGAGCCCACUUUAGGUUCUGCUUUGUUUUCCACUAUGUUUUACAAACCAGAACACUUUGGAAAAGGUGGCACAGCAUGGCAUACACAUGGCAAAGUAGCACUAGCAUAGAUUCAUGUGGUGAUGUGUGCACCAGAAACAUCAGUAUUAUUAAAUUAACUGAAGAGUCAGAUUAAUUAUGAGGUCAAAAUAGUGGAGCAAAAGAAGUGCACACAAGACUGACUUGGGUCAGGGCCCUGCCGUGUUGCAAAGUAGCUGUUGCUUUCCUUCUCCCCUGAGAGCAUCUGCAACUUGGAUUUAGUACACUUGGACUAGGACAGGACUUUCAAAUGUAGGUUCAGUGACUCACCUCCAGAGGAAGAAGUAGAGUGUAAACAAAAGCCGAACCUGUGAAAACGGGCUACACCUUCAGUAACGGGUUGUCAAGUUAUUGGAACAUUUUCAUAUGGGAGGGCCCAGAGGUCAGUUAUGUUAUCACAGAUAAAUGAAGCAAACAUAAUGUGCUUUUAAGCUCAAAAGGUCUUUCCACAAAGGUAAAAUAAUCAAACCUUCUACACAAACAAAAUUAUAAAUUGCAAGUUAAAAUAACAUAUUGGCCAGUUGGACAUUUCCUUGUAUGGCAACACGACAGUAAUGUUUUGAUAAGCAUCCCUCAAAUUCAGACAUUUUGUUUUUUAUUAGAAUAUGCAACAUUGUCUCCACUUCACUUUCUAUCCUCUGUCAUCAUUAUGUUCUUCCUUUGUAAUUACACCAAACUUCAGUUGUAUGGUGGAUCUGAAACACAUUUCUGCAACACCUCUUUCCAGAAAUGAUGUCCCUGAUCAUUAAAACAAUACAGGCGUUGUUUCUUUGGUGGAAAAAGGUCCAAUGAAAAUUGUUGAUGGUGACAUAUGUGUGUGUGUGAAUUUUAAUGGCAGGAUACACAUACAUUAUAUAUACUAAUUCUGUUUAAAUCUUUAGUCAGAUAGAACAGUUGAGCGGUGCAGUAGAUCAUGAGCUUUAUUUUAACUUCAAAUUAUAGAGUUCUUGAAUCCACAUUUUCUAAUGUCAAAAGAACCCACUUCUCUUCAUCCUCUUUAAUUAAAGGUCAAAAUGUAUCUUUAAAAUUACAGUAAGAAUAUCAGUAAAGAAUUGAGGCAGGACAGAAAAAAAGGAUCUUAUUACUCAGACUUCUUUAUUCUGUAUAAACUCCGGUGGACAGUAUUUCAUCUUACUGAUGGACACAUUCAUAUUUCUUGUUAGUGAAGCAGAUAUCGCAUCUUUCUAAUUUAUCUCAGUAGAUACACACAGAGGCAGCAGAGGCAGCUCCAAAAGGACUACAGCUUCCCUUCAAAACAAUAUCAUCAGAUUAACAGUAAGCCAAAUCUUUAGGGAUGAUUCUUGUUUAUCACAGAUUGGUUCUUGUGUUUGUAGUUUGAGCAUUGCACACAUCAUAUUAAUUGCUGAGAUCUUAAAGGAAGUCAAGAAACACAAGCAGAACAGGUUAAUUAGGUUUGUCAAACUGAUUUGGAAAAUACAUCUUAAAAUGAAAGACCCAACUGUCUGAUGUUAACAUCAAUCACAGUGUAUAGACCCACUCCCUGCUUCAACUUUGACCAAUGGAGGGUCCAGAUAAUCUGAAUAAACUGUGAACAGCCCAUUGUCUGAUUGCUUGUGUUUCUUGACCCUGUGGAACUUUAGUAAGUACUAUGACAUCAAGAUGACAGAUAUGAAAUACAAACUGCAAAUAUUGUUAUAAAGUAUAAAAAAAUUAACGUUGAAAUGUGAAAUGUAACGUUGCAAGAUUUGCACCAGGGACCUUAAAGGUCCAGUGUGUCAGAUUUAGGGAGCUCUAUUUACAGAAUACAAUAUUCAUAACCCUGUUUUCAUCAGUGAACAAUCACUUAAUAAAAGAACCAUUAUGUUUUUGUUAC